CAGCGAAGACAAAUCCAUACAAUAGCAGCACCGUUCUAUAAGCCGCAGAGUUCAAAGUAUAGGAAUCGUCUGAAAUUAAGGGUACAAAAGUGAUUUGUUCAUCAUGAGAUUCGUUGGAGUCCAGUUGGUUGGAGGUGACUUGGAAACGUACACACUUAUCUAAGGUCCACCAGGUGGAGGAGCAAGCAUCAAGUCCAAGGAACUGUCUGUAGAUCUUGCCCACCCGGAAGAAUCUCAGACCAGGAGCAACCCAGUUCUCCAGUCUGAUGAGAUGCCAGUUGUCAUGCUGUGUUUGGUAGGGAGCCAGCAUUCCAGACUGGCAAUGAAGACCCUGCUGAGGUGUUGGGUUCUGACAAGUGGGACAGAGGUUUCUGGGAUGGCCAGACCUGCACGUGGGAGGGGUAGGGGUGGCCUUAAACUGGAUAAACUAAGGGAUGAGUAGACAGUUGACUUGUUGGAACACAGAACUGAUGUUGUGGAUCACUUGGAUAGAUUCUAUUGCAGCAGUCCAAUCUGGAGGUGAUCCAUGAAAGUUCCAUGUGUGGGACAGCGGAGGAUGAGGCAAUCCUGAAGUACAGUUGUGAAACUACACUUGGAGCUAGCAGCCCUCUUCUGGCCCCCCAUGAUGCCCACCUGGAGCUCUUCCUUGGAACUGGAUUGGCAGGACGUGCUGGCUGUCAUCCAACCUGAGGACGACUGCUACGACUCAGAGGUGCUGCAGAAAAAUGUCAACUACUACAAAAAUGCAAGAGAGAAUCUCAAGGACGGACAACAAGGUUUUGAAUGUCCAUGUCCUCAUUUAAGACCACAAUGGUCCCUGCUGCCACUUGGCUCCAUCACAGAGAUUCAUGAACACACUUCAGCUUUUACAGCAGACGACGUGACUUCUGGAAUGUUCCCACCUGACAACUUUGGCUUUAUGACUGAAGGACCCUUAGGAGACGUCCACGUGGGACAGAAUGCCAACAGCACAUUAGAACUUAGGGAAAGAUGGCAAAGUUCACGGUCUUUGUCCCACCAGGACUACGUUAGCUGGGAUGCUGACAGUCAGUCACACACUUGGAGCUGCACGCCGUCCUUUGAGGGACAUUUCAUCAACCAGGACUUCCUCUCAUCUCCUUCAAGUGGCUUCCUUCUUGAAGACCAUCGUCUCCUGAGUCCACUGAGUGACUUCCUUCAGAUGACGUCGUUUGACUGCUUUGGUCCGGAGAUGGCGGGAGGACAAGACGACUACCUUGACCAUGAUGCGGCCCGACAGGAAGCAGCUCACUUUAGGCACAAGUUAGCCAGUAGGACGGAGAGAGAAGAUCCAAAUUCAGCCAUGACAAUCAUGGAAGAUGAGAGGGAACCAAAGAGUCAUCCUCAAGACUGUGACAGCGAAGCAGACUCAGAUUCUGGACUUUCUCUAGACUUCAGCCAUAGUUUUUCUUCUAAAUGCACAUCUGAAUCAUCAACUUCCUCCUGCUCUUCUUCAACUUCUGGAACCUCUUCUUUCUCUGGCACUUCCACUGUGAGAAGUUCCUUCUUUGAGGACAAGGCAGAGGGCGAAGAGUUGUAUACAUCACACGUGGAAGUCGGGCUGACCAUCAAGCAGGAGGAUAGUCAUGUUCUCCAGUCUCGGGAUCACAAGAUUUGUAAGAACUUCUCAUGGAUGGAGAACAUCGUCCAUGAUCACUCGUAUAACAAGCAAAGGGCAACGCCUUCUUCAUUCAUGACCAUGAGAACUUUUCCCCAACAUGACUUUGGCAAGACCUACAAGCGCUCCUCCUCCAGGCGCAAGUCACAAAGUCGAAGUAGGACUCGAGAAGAGAAACAUCAAAAGAUUAAUUUCUCGAACGCGCUUAUUGUUCAUCUGCCAGUGGAGGAAUUCAACGAGCUCUUGGACAACCACCGACUCAGCAAAGAGCAGCGCACCCUCAUCAAGGACAUAAGGAGACGCGGGAAGAACAAGAUAGCUGCUCAGAACUGCCGGAGGAGGAAACUCGAUACUUUGCUUGGUCUGCAGGAAGACGUGUCACGCUUGAGACGCCAUCGCUUGAAAUUGAGCAGAGAAAACCAAGAAGCCGUGAAGAAGCUUCAAGAAACAAAGCACAGCCUCUGCAUUUUGUACCAAGCGCUCUUUUCCAGUCUGAAGGACGAGAAGGGAAGACCACUCGACACCUCACAGCAAGCACUUGGUUCGAAGCCCAUCGGGAUUAAAGCGUCGUCAUGGCAACAAGAGGCGGGGCUACCAAAACCCAAUAAAAGAUUAAGCAAGAAACAAACUAAGAAAAAUAUAUAAUUUCUUCAGGAGCAAGAUGGGAACAUUAGCUUGUAAUAAAAGUGGAACUUUUAGGAAAUCAACUGCAAUAAUAGGGGAACAAAAAGCUGAACUGCUUGGACUUUUUAGAAGUACUUAGUUUUAGUGAAGACAAACGUAAGAGUUUGAAGAGGGAAGCAUUCUUUGAUUUGUAUGAGUUCCUUCUUGUUUCAAGUAGGAGGACCAAAACUUAAUCAAGUGUCAGCCAGAAAGGGUAAUUGAAAAACAAUCAACCUACCGUAUUUUUCGGAGUAUAAAUCGCUCCGGAGUAUAAGUCGCACCUGUCGUAAAUGCAUAAUAAAGAAGGGAAAAAACAUAUAUAAGUCGCACUGGAGUAUAAGUCGCAUUUUUGGGGGAAAUUUAUUUGAUAAAAUCCAACACCAAGAACAGACAUUUGAAAGGCAAAUUAAAAUAAAUAAAGAAUAGUGAAGAACAGGCUGAAUAAGUGUACGUUAUACGACGCAUAAAUAACCGACUGAGAACGUGACUGGUAAGUAAACGUAACAUAUUAUGGUAAGAGUCAUUCAAAUAACUAUAACAUAUAGAACAUGCUAUACGUUUACCAAACAAUCCGUCACUCCUAAUCGCUAAAUCCCAUGAAAUCUUAUAUGUCUAGUCUCUUACGUGAAUGAGCUAAAUAAUAUUGAUAUUUUACGGUAAUGUGUUAAUAAUUUCACACAUAAGUCGCUCCUGAGUAUAAGUUACACACCUGGCCAAACUAUGAAAAAAACUGCGAUUUAUAGUCCGAAAAAUACGGUGGUACUUCUGGUUUUUGUUUACGUUUUAGUGGGGAUGCCUGAAGAGGGUUUUUUUUAUGCUCAGGGGUCUCCCUGGCACCAUCCUUAGUCAAAGACUGGAUUGUUUUUGUUUAGCAAUAUAAUAUAAAUGUAAUGAUACAUACUUCCUGUCCCUCACCUAAAAUGUCUGUGUGGAAAGAUGCUAGCAUUUGUGUACUGAAAACGGAUUACAAAUAUACUUGUACCAUAACAUCCUUAUUGUUAAAACAAAGUUUGUCGAAAAGUAUUUCCAGUAUUUAGUGUGAACUGUGUUCAUUUAAACAAUCAUAUUUUAUAGAAAUGUUGCUGGACAAGCAGACUGUCAGUAAGAAAUCAUUUUUACAUUCUCGUUAAAAAAAAAGUCACCUGAAUAUCUUUGCUUCCCACUUUAGUAGAGACUUGAUACAGCAUUUUAAAUAUGCAAAUUAUCAGGACAGAAGAAACUACAACUGAUCAACUUUUCAAGCUAACCCCUGAUUUGAUUUCAAUCCUUUUACAUUGAACAAGAUUUGUAAUGGUUUCUAAAAUACCGUGACUUUUCAACUAAUACGGAAUUCAAAAGAUGUGUAAUUCUUUGUGAUGAGAUGCUUGCGAAAACAAGCUUUAAUGCAGAAAAAUGAUAUCUGAUCAAACAUUUCUGAGUUUGUUGCAAAACAUGUUGAGGACUUCAACAAUACAGGAAAUGUGCUUCAAAGAAAUAUAAGCCCACAUACUGUUGAUGAUCAAAGUUUUAUAGCUGCAGAAAAAAAUACUCAUCUACAGUUUAUAAAUGAGCAGUGUACAGUAGAGGAAAAUAUUAUUUGAGUCUAGGAAUGCUUUCUUAAAAAGGGACAGUACUCAUGCACUCACUUUAUGUGGGUCACAAUGCUAACUGGUUGGUAGGAAAUCAACAGAAAUGAAUCAGUCCCUGCAAGAAUUUAACCAAACCUCGCAAUUUUGUUCAGUGCCUGCAACUUCCCCGCACAUUUUAUCCAGUUGUCAUUUUCACCAAAUUCUCUCAAACGAUUGUGUCAUUGGUCCAAUCCAAACUUAUGUUUGUUUCUUGUGUGGACAAAGCCGAGACAACGUGUAACAAUAACCAUCUACUUCCUGUUCCUGUCUUCUGGGUAAUGUAAUGCAUUAAAGUUUACUUUCUAGCUGACAUCUAUUUAUCCAGUGUAAGACAAUGAACACAUUUUCAUUUGUAAUGCUGACUUAGCCUGUUAGAAAUGUUGAAGUGUAAUGAUCAUCUCUCAUUGUUUGUUUACCAACAAAAAUAAGCCCAAUAGAUUGUUGUCAACAGUUGACAAUGUUCUUAAUGUGCGGGGUGAAUGUGUUGGUACUUGGGUUGUACGGUACACCGGUAUUAGUACAGUACGGCGAUACUAAUGAAUCAUAUUCAGGACCAUACUGCCUCUGAAAAGUACCGGUCCGGUUGAAUUUAUAUUAUCUUUAUAAACUCAGGAAAUACGUCCCUGGACAUAUGAGGACUUUGAAUAUGACCAAUGUAUGAUCCUGUAACUACUUGGUAUCUGAUUAAUACCCAAAUUUGUGGUGUCAUCCAAAACUAAUGUAAAGUAUCAAACAGAAGAAUAAGUGAUUGUUACAUUUUAACGGAAGUGUAGAUAGAACAUGUUAAGAGAAAGUAAGCAGAUAGUAACAGUAAAUGAACAAGUACAUUAAUAAUUCAUUUUCUACCACUUGUCCUUGAUCAUUUGGACAAAAUAAUAGAAUGAUAAAUGACAAUAUGUCACUGCAUACGUCAGAAGUUAAAUUAAGAGCCUUUGUUUGCUUACUUACUACUAAAAGACACCUUGUCUAGUACGUUCACCACCUAAGGACAAACUUGGAAUAAUAAAUAUGUUUCAUGUACGGUUAGAUUUUUUUUUUGUUAAAACAAAGCCAAUAAUGCAAUUUUUGGUGGUCCCCUUUAUUUAGAAAAGUACCGAAAAGUAUCUAAAUCAUUUUGGUAUUGGUACCAAAAUAUUGGUAUCGGGUCAAUACUAGUUUGAACUUAAAUUAAUGUUUGAGACUAAGUGUAAAACGUACACAGAGAAUGUCUUCAACUUGUGGACCACAGAGCAGACAAUAAGGAAGCCUUUGCUGCGGUUUCCUGUUAUAAUUAAAACAGUACAGUAAUUUGACAGACCUACGAGUACGUGCUUUUACUGCCAUCUAGUUUUCUACUUUUAAGUCAGUGUGCUAUAGAAUGAGUAAAACAUCAAUACACAAUUUGUUUUACAAUUUUAGUUGAAGUCCUGUGCUUUUUGGAGGUUACAAGGAACCCUUUAAACAUUGAUAUCAAAUAAUUACAAAUAAGUUGAUUCAAUGUUGUUGAAAAAAAAUAAGCCUCAUAUCUAUUUUUGCGGCAAAAACUCUGGUAUUUUAGGCCGCAACAAUCACAAGAGCCUACGAAAUCCUGAUGGAUUGACUCAUAUUGUGUCGCUGUUAAAAUAAAAUGUCUAUUGAAGUUUGAUGUUACAAAAUCAGCAGUGAUCAAAGACUUAUUUCCUCCACUAUGAAUUUAAUACUUUAAUCUUCACGCAUUACAGAAAACCAAUGUAGCGACGGAGGUAAGGAAGUAACUCCACCUUAUAAAAGGGCACUGUGUGUGUGUGGCGGCCAUCGGCCUCAACCAGUUAUGUGAUGUCACUCUUUACUGUGCUAGAAAUUUGCAUGUCCGUUUGGUAUGAAUAUUUAAUGUGUCUGCUGAUAUUUUAUACUGACACUUUAAACUGAUGCUUAAAAAAUAAAUUUUUUGGGCGGAGGAGAAAAAAAUGUCUAUUUUUGGAAAGUCGACAGAACAUUAGUUUCUUUGAAACAAUUGAUCUUAAAUCGUGUCAGGGAUAUCAAAAUGCGCUUCACUGCUCUGUGCAGGGAUGGGAAUAAAGAUAUACAAAACCAGCUGAACAUUUUUUAAUCCUAAAACACCGCUGUGCGGCCUUGGCUGUGCACUCGCCUGCUAGGGGGGUCUGGGGGCAUGCCUCCCAGAAAAAUUUGGAAAUCUAUGUUAGCUUAGGAUGCAUUUUCUGCUAUUUUGAGUCAAAAUCUAACAAUAUUCUCCUGACCAAAAAUUCACAUUUAUUAGCAAAUAUUUUCAUAAAAAUGUAUCAUGUGAUGAAAUUUAUGUAUACAAGUUUAGACAUAUAUGACAUUCUUGCACACUUUUGGAUUAAAGACAAAAAUAGGCCUACAAAUGGAUUAACCAGAAUUAUUCUCCGUAAACUCACUUUACUUAGAUGCCUUGCCAAUUUUGCGUGGUCAAAGAGUGCCACCAUUCCCCGAGACCCAUAGUUCACAGUGUCCUUGCAAUAUAAGCACUGAGUACGUCCCGGUUCAUCGCACUUUGCAAUGAAAUCGCUGAUCAGUUAGUCUACUUCUACGACAUUGUUGUUAAUCUUCAGCUUCAGUUUGAUAGAUAUAUCGAGCCAUGCCCAGUUCCAUUUGUUUCUCACGCCCUUAUCGAUAUCUUUCGCUAAUUAAGCAUUCCUAUCUUGAAUAAGCUUAAAACCAUGUCUGAAACUGUUUUGUCAAUAAAGAAACGUGUUAAUUGAGA